AUGUCGGGUAACCUCGAUCUCCAGGAAGGAAUUUCUACACAUGUCCAGUUCGUGUUUGAACAAUCUCCAGUAUCCGAUACGAUACUUUCAAGACUUUUGAAUUUGCAAGCGGAGGAUCCCGUGUGUCGUGAACUAGUAAAAUACAUUCAAAAUGGAUGGCCGUGUAAAGACCGGAUCAGCGCUUCAGUGAAACCCUUCUACGAAUUUCGCAACAAUCUCACCUUGGCCCGAGGGUUUAUCAUGUUUGGCAACCGAUUCUACAUUCCCACAGGACUUCGUCGAGGAACCUUAGAAGCUAUCCAUAAUGCUCAUCAAGGCAUUGAAAAAUGCCGGGCCCGCGCUAGAUACAGCGUUUGGUGGCCAAAAUUAUCUGCGGAGCUUCAACAAUUAGUGGACAGCUGCGCGGUGUGCGUGCAAAACAGGCCCGCACGAUCGGAACCGUUGAAGCCAUCUAAUUUUCCGGAUCGACCAUGGCAAAUUAUUGCCAUAGAUUUAUUCAAACACAGUACCAGUUGGUAUCUAGUAGUUGCAGACUUUUAUUCCCGGUACCCGGAAGUGUACCAACUACCAGAUUUACGGUCAAUAACCAUCAUUGUUCGUUUGAAGGAAAUAUUUGCACGCCAUGGAAUCCCGGAUUUGAUCAGAUCCGACAAUGGAACACAAUUCGACCCACUACGCACAACAGAGUUCCGGGCCUUCAAAAAAACAUAUGGAUUUGAGCACAAAACAUCGUCCCCUCAUUUCCCUCAAAGCAACGGGUUCAUAGAAGCAAUGGUGAAAACCGUAAAAAGCGACUUGGAAAAGUCCAUGGAUUUUAACGUUUGGUUAUUAGAAUACCGUACAACUCCUUUAAAGUGCGGUUUUUCUCCCAGUGAAUUAGCCAUGGGGCGGCGAAUUAAGUCUUUUCUCCCUGUUAUACCAUCCCUACUGAUGCCAAAAACAAUCAACCGGGACACACUGCUGUCUAAGGAAAAGGAGAGAAUGGAUCGCCAGAAGAAGGAUUUUGAUCGUCGUCACCACAAGAGCGAGCGCGAUGAUUUAGAAGUUGGCGAUCGUGUCUGGAUUCGCGAUUUACGCCGUUGGGGCGUUAUACAAGAACGCGCGGUCCAACCAAGAUCCUAUAUCAUACAAUCAGAUACAGGAACAUAUCGGCGAAACAGAAGCCAUUUACAUUGUCUGGAGGCACCUUUGGGAUAUUUUGAUACGCCGGAGAAUACGCCUAGGAGGGAGGAGUGGCUUACCCCACCACUCCGGGAAAACUCAGAACACCGAAGGAGCCGCCUUCAUCAGUUGUAA